AUGAAGCCUCUUUACCACAUCGCAGCCGUUGGCUUCACAAUCAUCCAGCUAUGCCGCGCCGAUGGCAGCGUUUCGAAAAGAGGCUCGACGCUUCCUCCAAAGCCCCCGUGUGAGCCGGGAUUCACUCUAGAGGGCGCCUCAACCGAAGAGGUCAACGCCCCAGGAACUCGGUUCAAAGCCGUCAUUUCAUGCUCAAGCCUCGACGCCGACAAAGUGUUUGUAUUCGUCAAUGGCGAAGAGUAUAGCGAUUUUCAAGCGUCCGCCUCAGAUAUUGCGUUCCCCAACGGCCUCGGUGACGGCACAGCUCUGCUAGGAAUCAUCGCUGCCGACACCCAAGGAUAUCCGUUUGUGAGCAGCUUCUCGCUUCGCUUUGGGACUCCGACUUCUAUUGUGAAUGUCUCAAAGUCAUUCCUCCAGGCUGCGGUAGACAAUGGAUGCUCAACGUGCGGCGACUGCAACUCGUGUCCCGGCUAUCCAAUGUGCGCAAGUUCGUGCCAAGUGCCGCCUCCUCACCAGUGCGACUUUUACCAGACUUGUGUCGAAGACUCCGUGCCCUGCUCUGGUGACCCCAAUUCAUACGCCAUCAACUACGGAUUGAAGAACUGCGAAAAGUUCGAUCAGAAUCUCAAUCUCUUUUCCGAAAAUGGCCAGCAGUUUAUAUGGGGCACCAUGAACUGCCUGCAGAAAACACUCGUUCCAGUGGUUUCAGCUUGCAAUGCCACGUGCCAGAGCGUCCAUGAUGCGGCGUUUGGGUCACACGCGCAGUGCUAUAUUGCCAAUGGCUUCUGUAGUCUCGAAUGCAAAGACUAUGUGGCCGAAUUAUACACGGUAGGCCUGGAUCUUUUCACCUCGGAUGCCAUCAAGUCUGUCUUUCAGACUGCAGCCGGAUGUCUCGAGCGGAUUGAACAGGUCAUCCAAGAAGGAGCUUGCGUGAACAAUGUACUCAGGGGCAUUAUCUUAUCCAUUCUCGAUGUUCUAUCCGCCUGA